GUCUGGAGGGCACUUCCUGAUGCUGCUGCCCGGCUCUAGCUAGGCUAGUUAACACAUUACACUUUCACGGUUUGGGGAAACCUGUGAAAUACAGCGUGGUCAAGUCGUCUGAUUCAGUGGUGGGAGCAGAAGAGGUCGGACGGCACCAUGAACGGCCAGCUGGACCUGAGCGGGAAGCUGAUCAUCAAAGCCCAGUUGGGCGACGACAUCAGACGCAUCCCUAUCCAUAACGAGGACAUUACCUAUGAUGAGCUGGUGCUGAUGAUGCAACGUGUCUUCAGGGGCAAGCUGCAGAGUAACGACGAGGUUACCAUCAAAUACAAGGAUGAAGAUGAUGACCUCAUCACCAUCUUCGACAGCUCUGACCUCUCCUUCGCCAUCCAGUGCAGUAGAAUACUCAAACUGACUUUGUUUGUGAAUGGUCAGCCGCGGCCUUUGGAAUCCAGUCAGGUGAAAUAUCUGCGCAGGGAGCUCAUUGAGCUCAGGAAUAAAGUCAACAACCUCCUUGAUAGCCUGGAGCCCCCCACAGAGCCUGGUCUGGCUGCUACAGCACCGGAUAGUGAAUCAGUGGAUGGACGUGAAGGCAAAGUUGUGGCAGCAGACCCCACAGUGAAACAUGCUACUCCAGUCAGUGCAGCCAGCAUGUCUGCCUUCGACCCAUUAAAAAACCAGGACGAGGUCAGCAAGAAUGUCAUCUCCGCUUUCGGCCUGAGCGAGGACCAGGCUCCAGCUCCCCCAGCGGUCGCACCAGAGGAGCGUUCAGGAACCCCUGACAGCAUUGCUUCCUCCUCAUCUGCAGCACCUCAGCCAGGAGUGCCCCCCCAGCCACAGGCUCCCUAUGCUGCAGUACAGCAGGGACCCCCAGCCGGCAUGGAUGGUCAGGUGUACCAGCAGUACCAGGCUCCAGGUGGAUACCCGCCUCAGCAGCCAGGCGCCCCACCGCAGCAGCAGUACGGUAUGCAAUACCCUGCAGGAUACAGUCCCCAGCCUGGAGCUCCUCAGCCCGGCCCUCCACAGCCGCCGCAACAGCAGCAGUUUCAGAACUACGCUCCUCCCUCCUCCCAGGCUCCGGCCCCUGGGCAGGCCCCAGCUCCAGGCUUCCAGGGUGGGCAGCAGCAGCCCCAUCCAUCUCAGGGAGCCCAGCAGUAUCCACCAGGAGCCUUCCCUGCCCAAAACUAUACCUCCCAGGCCUCCCAGCCUGCUAACUACAGCAUGCCGCCCAGCUCCCAGCCCGCCUCAGGGUACCAGCCCCGCCCAGGAUAUACCCCGCCGCCAGGCAGCACUGUCACCCCUCCACCCGGAGCUGCUAACCCGUAUGCCCGCAACCGCCCCCCUUACGGCCAGGGCUACACUCAGCCAGGCCCUGGAUACCGGUAAAAGAGGAUGUUACUGGUCCUCACGCACCCCUAAACCCCCUAUCCUAUAUGUGGCUCCAACUGUUUGGAGUGGGUGCAGGUGACGGGUUUACUGCCCUGCAUCCCCCCUCCCACCCCUCGUACAAAUAUCAAGUCCAAAUAUGAAACAAGCAACCCCCCCUUCAGUCUGAUGGUUAGUGUUUGUACACUGUCUCUCCAACAUACCACUCUGUUCUGGCCCUGGUGUUUGCUCCUUGUGUUAUUUUUUUCCCCCUCUUUCUCCCGUCACCUCCACUGUCUGCUCCGCCCUCUUGUAUCCGUCAUUGUAUGAAAAUGUAACCAGUCUGUAUGCACACACCUGGGAGACCAAAACAGGCUGUUGCACAAACUGUUUAUUGUCCUUUCAAUGGUAACGCUUCAUUUUGCGAGAGAUCGGCAACCAUUCUGCAUUUGCGACAAACAUCUCUGCGUAGAUGCUUUGAUAGGACACUAUCUCGAUGAAAAGUUACCCCUUUGUCGUUUUUUUUUUUGUUUGUUUUUUUCUUUAUUUGAUCAAUUUCACCACCAUGUCGGUAUUAAUGAUGUGUCGAUGAAACUGCCCCAUGUUGGGAACACUAGCUAAGUGAUGGCUUAUGGGAGGUGCACAUCCCUAUGUCAUGAAGAAGGCUUCUUUUCUUUAGCUUCUUAUAUCACCUCCAGUAAAGCUUGCUAUUCCUUUCUCUCUUUAUCUUAUCACUGGUUUUUACUAAUAUAUCAAAUUGAAUUCCACCUUCAAGUGAGAUUAGUUGUUUAUGUAUAAACUGUAACAUUUUUUUUUUCUUGAACCUAAUAAAUGAUUGAGACCCAG